AUGAAGAAGGAAGAGGAAGGGGAAGAAGAAGGAAGAAGAGAGAAAAGGGAAGAAGAGGAAAGAAGAAGAAGGAAGAGGAGGAGGAAGAAGAAGAAGGGGAAGAAGAAGAAGGGGAAGAAGAGGAAAAAAGGGGAAGAAGAGGAAAAAGGGGAAGAAGAGGAAGAAGGGGAAGAAGAGGACGAAGAGGAAAAAGGGGAAGAAGGGGAAAAAGGGGAAGAAGAGGAAGAAGGGGAAGAAGAGGAAGAAGGGGAAGAAGAGGAAGAAGGGGAAGAAGGGGAAGAAGGGAAAGAAGAGGAAGAAGGGGAAGAAGUGAAGAAGAAGUAA